AUGCAUUUGCCGCUCGCGCGGCCCCGCUCGCCGGCCGCGCAGUGCACUGUCGGCACCGCGUCUCUCUCUGUGAUCAUCCCUGCGUACGACGAGGCAGAGAGGCUGCCGCGCACGCUCGAGGAGUCGCUCGCUCACCUGUCGACCACCCGGCGAGGCCCGUGGGAGAUCAUCGUGGUGGACGACGGCUCCCACGAUUCAACGCUGAUGGGAGUCGUGUUUGCGGCUCUCGCGUCGACCUGCGUGCGGGGCGUGCCCGACACUCAGUGCGGGUUCAAGCUUCUCUCCCGCCGCGCGGCGCGCGAGCUCUUCCCGUCGCUGCAGAUCCGCGGCUGGGCGUACGAC